AUGUCUCAUUCAGUUGAACUCCGAGCACCUCAGGGAACCGCACCAUGGACGUCAUGUGAAGAUGAACCACUUCACAAGCGCUCUGAUGUGCACGCCGUCUACAGAGACUUGCGCCAAACUCCCACGAAAAUUCGAGUACAACCGCUUACUCAACAAGAGGGGAUUCUAGCCCAGAGUUCUCAGGCUAGUGCAUUCCAGCCAGGUGAUCAACAGUUUUUGACUCAACAGGCUCCGCAACCGCAGACUCAACGAAAAGAGUGGGAUCCAGCCCAGAAUCCUCAAGCUUCAGUCCUGCAAACUCAACAGUUUUCUCAGGCAUUUCCCCCCAAGCAGCCAGUGACACAGGCCGAGCCUCUUGACAAGUGUGCUGUAGCUGAUUAUGAGCAGAUCCAAUGUGGACAACCUGGUAUCAGUGCUGCUGAGUGUGAAGCUAUAAACUGCUGCUUUAACGGACCGCAGUGUUACUAUGGGAAAGCCGUGACCAUCCAGUGUAUUCAAGAUGGCCAGUUUGUGGUUGUGGUGGCUAGAGAUUUUACACUGCCUUCAUUAAGUCUGGAUACGGUCCGUCUGUUGGGUGGAAAUGACCCACCUUGCGCUCCAGUUGGGUCCACACCUUCCUUUGCCAUUUACCAAUUCCCUGUUACCGCUUGUGGCACAAGCAUGAUCGAGGACAAUGGAUAUGUGGUUUAUGAGAACCGAAUGACUUCAUCCUAUGAAGUGGGGAUUGGACAACUUGGUUCCAUCACAAGGGACAGUCACUUUGAGCUUUUCUUCCAGUGCAGGUACUCUGGCACUGCCGUUGAAGCUCUGGCUGUGGAGGUUAACACCGUUCCUCCACCUCCACCUGUAGCUGCUCCUGGGCCCCUCCGAGUGGAGCUUCGCCUGGCCAAUGGACAAUGUGUCACUAAAGGAUGUUCUGAAGAGGAUGCUGCGUACACCUCCUACUACAGUGAUUCUGAUUACCCAGUCACAAAAGUCCUGCGACAACCUGUGUAUGUUGAGGUGCACCUUUUGGAGCGGACUGACCCCAAUAUUUUCCUGAUGCUGGGACAUUGCUGGGGAACAUCAAGCCCUGAUCCCCUCAGCCUACCUCAGUGGGACCUUCUAGUUAAUGGAUGCCCUUACCAGGAUGACCGUUACCUGACCACACUGGUUCCUGUGGAUGGCUCCUCUGGUCUUCAGUUCCCAACCCACUACAAGCGCUUUAUUGUGAAGAUGUUCACAUUUGUGGAUCCAGCAUCACUAGCUCCUCUGCAGGGAACGGUUUUCAUCCACUGUAGCACAUCAGUGUGCCAUCCCUCUUCCUUUGGCUCCUGUGAGCAGAGCUGCAUCAGGCAAAAAAGGGAUGUUGGUGAGAACAUUGAGAAGACUGUCGUUUCCAGUGGAGGCAUUUUCUUUAUAGGUGGCGCCGUUCCUGCUGCCGACAACCAGGAGGUUUCGGUCACUCCUACUGCAGUGUUUUCAACUGUCCGGAGGAGAAGGAAGCAGAGCAAGGUGUCCGUUGUCCGUUUCCCAGUCACUGCCAGCACCUCUGACUGUGGAAGCCAGUUGCUGCCAGCGCUCCCAGCCCCGAAGGCCACUCCCCAGUCGCUGCCAGCACUCACCACUCAGCACUCAGCUGCCUCUGUGCCGCUCAGCAGCGAAAUCAGCAUUGUCAUGGCAGUACUGAUUCGCACUGACUUGGAAGCACUGUUCCUGCUCCAGGCGUACCUCCAUGAGGGCUUGAUGCUGGUUCUGCUGGAUGCUGGUGAGGGUCUUGAAGACUUCACCCAGUGCAGUCUCUCUCCUCUGCCCAUCAGUAUAGCUGCCAGUGUUUCCGUUGAACAACACAGCACGUUCAAAUCGCAACAGCCUGCUGGAUCUCAGCCAGAGCCACUGGGGCCUCGUCUGUAA